AAUUAAAACACUGUGCUGCUGAAUGUUACGAAACGUCUUGUCAAAUAUAGCAGACAGAUAUUUUUUCCGAAAAUAAAGAUGGACUUCAACGAUGAGUUUAUGAAAAUCUUUGGCCAAAAUCGGAAAUUCGCAUUAUACGCUGCAGGCACAACGGUUGCUCUGCUUGGACUCGGUCUCGUGUAUAAAUAUAUGCGUCAGGAGAAAAAGUUAACUCGAGUGGGAGUUGUUACUCAGCUGCUGGUUCAUCCGAUGAAGUCUGGGAAAGGGGUGUCGGUAGAGACAGCAGAAUGCCUGCGAAUGGGGCUGAAAUAUGGCGAACUGCGGGAUCGUCACUGGCUGGUCAUCACAGAGGAUGGACACAUGGUGACAGGCAGACAGCAGCCUCGUCUGGUGCUGGUGUCUUUGAGCUGUGAAGGUGGGCAGCUGUGUCUUAAUGGACCCCAGAUGGAGGAGUUGAGGGUUCCUCUGCAUCAGCCCAAUAACGCAGUUGUGGACUGCAGAGUCUUUAGUAUAGACGUUCAGGGCAGGGACUGUGGGGACGAUGUGUCUGAGUGGCUUACUCGAUACCUGGAAUCAGACAAGACUGUUCGCCUGGUGCAUUAUGAAACUCAUCUAAAGUCCCAGAGGCCUUCUGAGAAAGAUCCCCUCUAUCCUAAGGAUGAAAAGGUGGCCUAUCCUGAUGCAGCUCCCAUCAUGCUAAUGACAGAGGCCUCUGUUAGAGACCUGAAUACCCGAUUGGAUAGUGAAGUUACUGUCUUUCAAUUUCGUCCCAGUAUUGUCGUCAAUGACUGUGAGGCAUUCACAGAGGACACAUGGGAUCAUAUUCAGAUUGGCCAAGUGGAGAUGAAGAGAGUCAUUGGCUGUGGAAGAUGCCUCUUUACCACCGUUGACCCUGAGACUGGAGUCAUCUCCCGGAAAGAACCGCUGAACACGCUCAAAACCUAUCGACUGACUGACCCUAAGCAGAAAACUGCACCAAUAAUGGGACAGUACUACACCGUCAAGAAAACAGGUGUCCUUCAUGUUGGUGAACCUGUUUAUAAGAUCACCUAUUGAAAUGGGGCCAGACGGGAUGGAAUGCUGAACCAUACAUCAAAAUCUAGUGACUAAUUUACAAGCUGACUAAUACAGUUUCUGAAGUCAGAAUGAAUCAGUAUUAUUUUGAUCAUUUUCAUUGAAUAAGAAAAAUAAAAUCAUAUAUAAAGAUUCUAACAUUUUCAGUAUUAGAUGUAAAAUUAUGGUUGUAAAAGAUCAAAUUCCAAAACCUUUAGACUUCAGCAAAGGUAAAGGGAUACCAAGCUCAUGGGCUAUCAUUUUUGUGUGGGAAAAAAAUUGGGUUCUUAAAAAAUCUUUUGGGGACAGUGAAUUUUGAGUGAACUUAUUCUUUAAUGUCACUUUUUGUAAUGAGAAGAUAUGAAUUCUGUGAUUUGUGAGUAAUCUGUAUUCAGUAUUCUAUAUUUUGAGUACCUCAAAAUUACCAUUGUAUUUGUAAGAUGAUUAUGCUGCAUUGCAAUAAUGAUCAGGUUUCAUGUAACAAUUUAACAGUCUAUGACUAAUAAAGUAUCUGACAUGGUUCAGUCAAACACCUGA